AUGUUUGAGAAUCGAAGAAAGAAAGAUGCAAAUGAAGAAAAUGCACGUGAAGAUACAAUGGGUACGAAUGUUUAUUCAUCCAAAGAUAAUGAAAGUCUUCAUAAAUCAUUAAAUGGUGAAUUUAUUCUUUAUCAAAUUCUUCUUCAACGAAUAUUAGAUGAAAAAACAUUUUUAAAAUCCAACGAAUCGUCAUUAUUGAAAUAUUUUCAACCAGAAGAUGAAAUUGAUGCAAAUUUAAUGAAAGAAUUUGAUGAAUUCUAUAAAUCAUCGCAAGCAAUUCAUUGGUAUACGAGAGAAUGUUGUAUUUAUAAAAUUUUAAAUAAAGCUUUUCUAAUGGGAAAUAUUGAUGAUCUCGUUCCAG